AUGCUCAAACGACAAAAGCCACAACCGGACCUCCAGGUUCCAGUCCCGAACUUCCCACUAUCCUCGCCGAUAAGCGAAGAGAUCGCUAGUCCGUCCUGCUCCUCGGCAGAAGAUCACGACGAAGAAAGAGACCGUCCCUUUGCAUUUCUAGCCAAGGCAGCACGCCAAAAGCUUGAGGGCAAGACCAAAGAUGAGAACCGCUCGCCGGGUACCUCGCACCGGGAAGCCUCAAGGCUGAAUAUCCGCGGUAUCACGAAGAAACGGAAAAGCGUUGCGAAACCAGUCGGCCUGAACCUCGUUACGGAUUUCACUUUGGCACCGGUGCCAGCGAGGAAACAGCCCCCCACGGAGAAUAUACAAGUAGCGGCCCCGUUCGUUGAUCUGAAUGAUCUGAAGCUCCUCUCGAAGGUGCGAGAAAGGGAACGCUCGGCGCAGAAAUCAAAGGAUUUGUUCAGGAAACGAAUUUCUCGGGGCUUUCACAAGCUGCCGGUGGGAAUUGCGCAAAGCCCAAGUCAGCCUAACAAUACAAGCUGGUUUCUCAAUCCUCCAGACGAUGAUCCGUUCCACGAUAGACAUGAGCAGGCAAUCUCGCCUUCGGACCGAAAUGUGAUGAUUGGACUCGCGGUGCCGCGAAAUGAGUCGAUUGAAAGAUCAAGAGAGUUUGAUACUGCUGGUGCACCUCCCACACCUACGAUUAUCGUCACGCCGGCAAGAGAAGAAGCACCAUGGAACGCAGCGAGCUCGAGCACUGAGAUGCUCCGGCCAAGAGUAACAUCGAGUAUCUAUUCCCAACCCACACCGCGUCUCUGGCAAUUCCAAUCAGAUAUCCCGCCUGUUCCAGCGAUCCCUAUGCAACAUGCAGCUACCACAAAAAGCACCGGCUCUGAGCCUGAAUAUAAUAAUACCGGAGUGGAAAUAAACGCCCGCCUUUCACCCGCUUCCAGCUGGGAGGAUGCCAGUCCACCCGUAACACCUGGAAGAGAGCAUACAAGCAUCCAACAGACUCGCCUCAGCGUCAACACAGCAGACCCCGAUCGACCCCAAUCCCAGGGCUGGUGGACAUACCUCCUCUCCCCGUUAUUAAACCGCUCAGCCAAAUCCCCACUGAGCCCAUCCUUCCCUCGAGAUUCGCCCUCCACUCCGUCCCCGACAACAACCCGCACCCGGCCAAGACAAUGGAUACAGGAGAAAGAGAUAUCCUGUUUCUCACCUGAUACACCAGAGACAGCGGCUCCGAUGGGCGAGAAAGCAUUCGAGAUGUCUCGAUCCUUCUCAGAAGAUCAGCAGGGUGUCGAGCGCCAACAAUCCCCUCCACCGGCAUAUGUCUCGAAUGUCUCGUCUAGGCAAAAUACCAUGUCGUUUAUGUUUGGUAGUCAGGCAAUUCAAGGCGAAGCAGCUGAGUACUACCAAGCCUGUGCGCAUGAGUUAUUCAGCAAGGCGCCGUAUUUCGAGUGUUGCAAUCAUAUCUGCUCGAUAACGCCUGUUCACCCUACCGUGGUUCCUGCCGGAGCAGUAGGGACUGGAAAUGAGGAUAGCAGUCGGGGCCUGGCUCUUGUUGCACUAGAUUCUCCAGAUCCAUCUGGUCUUGAAGCAUCACGUUCAAAUGAAAGUCUCACCCAGGCUGCCUCGGCACAAUCGACCAAGAAUGCCGGGUUGCUUAUUGAUAUCGACUCGCCUCGUCCUGAAACGAUUUCAACGAAGAUUUCGGAUGGAUAUGCUGCUCGCACCAAGGAGGUGCAGGUGGACUCGCCCAUGUCGGAUUCUAGUUCUGAUUUUUGGAAUUCGUCUGUUGUUGAUAAGGACGAGAGGGGUUCGACGAUACAGAAAUCUCGGGGAGGUGAUGAGGAGUCUCGCUCGCAGCCUGCUGUCGCUCCUAUUCCUGUUCCCGUGGCACCGGUGGAACCAUCGCCUCCAGUGCCAGCACCAGCGCCAGCGCCAGCUGCUUUUGCUAUGCCUGAGCCUGCUCCUGCUCCGGCUCCCAUUCCAACUCCGGCUCCGGCUCCAGCUCCAGUACCUCCUCAAAUCAUCACCAACAUCGCGCCCCCAGUGACUAAUGUGCAUUACACUUCGCCUCCACAGCAGCAACCCCUGCAGCCGGUCGUACAAUAUGUGCCUGUCUUUCAUCAAGUAGGACAACCAGCAGAGCCCUCACCACAGGGGCAGCAGCCACAACCACAGGAGCUCUCACGAGGAAUCCCUCCUCCAGAACGACCCCCUCGCGUCGUCUCAUCUCGGUCGGAGUGGCCAUGGGGAGACGCACAGCCGCAAGAACAGACACAGACUCAAAAGCCAGCAAACCAAGGACAAGUAACGGGGUUCGAAUGGGCGUUUGAUCAACCAGAACAACCACAAGAGCCUCCCGUUACACGAGAGCCACAAGCUCCGCAGACAGCAUACGGUCAAGGCUUUAGCGUGGCCCGGAAACCGGUUUAUGGUCAUGUAGCCCAGCCUCAGGGACCGCUUGUCAUUCAAGGACGUCAAUCUGGAUCCGGAUGGCCGUUUGGUAUCAACGCACAUCCCCAUUCGAAUGCACCGCCGGUACCACCUCUGACUCGACCAGACUCUACCACAUCCCAAACCCAGAAUCAGCAAGAACAGCGUGAAUCUGAGGAGCCGCAAACAGAAAGAGGACUGCCUCAAGAGUCGGGACUAGCGCCACUGCCACCGCAAGGGAGUUCGCAAGAUUCUGAGCCUAUCUCCCCGGGCUUCCAGCGGGCUGCUGGUGGACCUGGCUCAAUCCCAAUGUCUGAUAUGCAGGCACCAGCUCCUGCCUAUACGCAGGUCUCCAGAGAUGCUCCUCUGCCGCCACGAUAUGAUGUCCAGCCACGCUAUGACCACAAUCCCGAAGCUGGAGUUUCCAGUGUCAAUCCCAGUGGGGCAAUAGGGCCUUAUGAGACUCGUCGCCGCAGGCUUGAACGGGAAGACGCUGCUGGCCGACGGUUUUGUGGACUCUGGCGCGGCCGGGGCCCGUUUAGCAAGAAGAGCGGACGUCCUGGACGUGAGGGUCGCACACGACGGAGAUGGUACUUUGUGAUCUGCAUUUUCUUCUUUAUAAUUGUGCUCAUUGCCACUAUUUUGGCGAUCACACUGACAAGAGACGGACAUUCGACUCCUAUUCAAUCGCGGUGGCUUAACCUGACAGGUUACCCGCCCAUCCCAACAGGAAUUGCAACACUUGGUGGCACGCAGCCUCAGCUUGAGAAGUCGACUUGUAUCACUCCUUCUUCGAUGUGGAGUUGUGCUCUGCCCAAGGAACAGCAGGAUGACAAUGAGCCGUACAAUGCGAACCAGCCAAAUUUCCGCGUUUCUAUCCAGUUCCGCAAUGGCACGUACGAUAACUCCACCACCGUUGGCUCGAACUCUACAAACAACCUCCGCAUCAGGGAUGACAUGUUCAAUCCAUCGCCCGCAGCUCCUAGCGAUGUAGAGCAAAGCUUCCUCGGCCAAUACACAGAUAACAACACAGUACCCUACGCCGGCGAGGGAACCCCAUUCUACAUGUCAAUCCUCUCCCCCGUCCCUCUCGCCUCCGCAAACAUCUACCGCCGCUUCAUCAACCCCAACAGCACCGCCUACCCCAACAUCUCCUCCAUAAUCCCCGCUCCAGACGAGCACGCCGACGGCACCCCCGCCGCCGCAAAGCUUUACCCCCUCUCCUCCUCCCAACCCAUCCGCCUCUACAACCGCGGCCUCCCAACCGAACACUACGGCUUCUACACCUACUUCGACAAAUCCAUCUUCCUAACCUCCCAAACGCAAUCCCAACCAAGCGACACAAACGGCGGCGUCUCCAAAUCCACCGCCGAAUACCGCUGCACCUGGUCCCAAACCCGCUUCCUCGUCCAAAUCUGGACCCAACCCGACAAAAUCGGCCGCCGUCUCCUCCCACCAAACAAUACAACCGCAAACCCAACCUCAACAUCAACCAGCACGCCCACAUCCUCAUCCUCAGCAACUGAUUUCUCCCGCCCCGGCUCAUUCCCAUACCCGGUGACGAUAACGCUCGACCGCCACGGCGGCGCAGAGAAAAAGAAAAUGCUCUACUGCUACCCCAUCUCAGAAGGCCGUUACAACAUCACCGGUGCGCAGCUGCAGCUCGAGGAUCGCGCUGUGGGUGGUGACCUGGUGAAUCCGGCUUCGGGGCUUUUCAAGGGUAUUGACGGGAAGCAUGCGAAUGGGAGUGUGGAGGAGUACGGGGGUGUUGACGGGGGUGCGGGAGGGUGUGGGUGUCAAUGGGUGAAUUGGAUAUCAGCUUCAUAG